AUGUCUUCACCAUCACCAUUGAAAGCUUUACAUACAUCUACGAUAAAUAAUGAACCAAUAAUAUUUUAUGCAGAAGAUGGUAAUACUACAGAGUUAAUAAAUGAUGCAAUAGAAGUACAAUUUGGAAAUAAUAAUGAAAAAUUCAAAUUGGAUCAACUUACAAAUUUUUAUAAUGAAGAUAAACCACAAUCUUUAAAAUCAGUUGUGUUUUGUUGGUUACAUGAUAAAUCAUCAAUUGUGGAAUAUAAAAAAGAAUGUGCAAAUUAUGGUAUACAAGAUUUUAAAUUUUUGGUUAAAACUGAAUUAAAUACUUGGUUAAAUGGUUCUACAGAUUCAUGUCAAUUUGUAAAAGAAGAAGAAGAGGAAAAAGAAUCUAAAGCAGAAAAAUCGAGUGCUAAACGAAAAUUUUCCGAUCCUCAAAUUGAAAGAAUUUCCAAAUUUGAGAUAGAAUCAGUUGAUCAUAAUGCAGCAUUAAGAGGUUCUAAAAAUAUAGAUUUUAGUUAUUUAAUUAAUGAUGCUAAACGAUUCAUGCAUGAAUUAAAAAGAUCAAAACCGUCUACAACCUCAUAUUCAUCCAGUAGGUCCAAUGGAUUUUCAAAUGGUACUAAAAAAAAAUCUCCUAUAAUUAUGGUUUCACCAGCUACCACUGCUUUACUUUCCUUAUCUAAUAUUAAACAGUUUCUUGAAGAAGGUAAAUUUAUAGAACCACAACAACUUAGUAAACCUAAUGGUAAUCUAGUAAUGGUUAGCCAUGAAUCAGAUAAGAUCAUUCCACUGGGUCAAAGGAUAAUGAUUGUUGAUAAUGUUGAUAUGUUUACAAAACCUGAAUAUUGGGAUAGAGUAAUUGCAAUUUUUACUACGGGACAAGCCUGGCAAUUUUCAAAAUACAAAUAUCAAAAACCAGAAACUUUAUUUCAAAAAUAUCCUGGUUAUUAUUUGGGGUAUUCAAGUGAAUCAACGCCAAAGCAAAUUAAAGAAUGGAAUGUGAACGAAAUAAAAGUAGAUAGAGAUAAAAGAUUUAAAGAUAAAUUGGUUGUUCGAGAUUUUUGGAUUGAAUUGGAAAAACAGUUGAUAAAUAAAGGAUAUGGAAAAUAG